CAGGAGGGGGGCCAAGACGUCUCUCCAACGGGGGGCUAGCGCAGGACCGCGUCAGGCGUCCAAAAGAAGGAAGAUGCCUCGCGGCGACAGAGAAAGCGACUGGAGGGAAAAGGAGCAGUUCCGCAAACUGUUUAUUGGCGGCUUAAGCUUUGAAACAACAGAGGAAAGCUUGAGGAGUUACUAUGAGCAAUGGGGAAAGCUUACAGACUGUGUGGUAAUGAGGGAUCCUGCAAGCAAAAGAUCAAGGGGGUUUGGUUUUGUAACAUUCUCCUCCAUGGCUGAAGUUGAUGCAGCCAUGGCUGCAAGACCUCACACGAUUGAUGGAAGGGUGGUUGAGCCUAAGAGAGCUGUGGCUAGAGAGGAAUCUGGAAAACCUGGUGCUCAUGUUACUGUGAAAAAACUGUUUGUUGGUGGUAUUAAAGAGGACACUGAAGAGCACCACCUUCGUGACUACUUUGAGGAAUAUGGAAAAAUCGACACUAUUGAAAUAAUUACUGACAGACAGUCUGGUAAAAAGAGAGGGUUUGGAUUUGUUACAUUUGAUGACCAUGAUCCUGUGGAUAAAAUUGUAUUGCAGAAGUAUCACACCAUCAAUGGCCAUAAUGCAGAAGUAAGGAAAGCUCUCUCUAGACAGGAAAUGCAGGAAGUUCAAAAUUCUAGGAGUGGGAGAGGAGGGAACUUUGGUUUUGGUGAUGCACGUGGAGGUGGUGGCAACUUUGGUCCAGGACCUGGCAGCAAUUUCAGAGGGGGAGCCGGUAAGACAGAUGGGUAUGGAAGCGGCCGUGGAUUUGGUGAUGGGUAUAACGGAUAUGGUGGAGGACCUGGAGGUGGCAACUUUGGUGGCAGUCCUGGUUAUGGAGGAGGAAGAGGAGGAUAUGGUGGAGGAGGACCUGGAUAUGGCAACCAGGGUGGGGGCUAUGGAGGUGGCUAUGACAACUAUGGAGGAGGCAAUUAUGGAAGUGGAAACUAUAAUGAUUUUGGAAACUACAACCAACAACCUUCAAAUUAUGGUCCAAUGAAGAGUGGAAAUUUUGGUGGCAGCAGGAACAUGGGGGGACCAUAUGGUGGAGGAAACUAUGGUCCAGGGGGCAGUGGAGGAAGUGGUGGAUAUGGAGGGAGGAGCCGUUACUGAGUUUCUGCAAGCAUGCCAUGGGCUUCACUGUAUAAAUAGGAGAGGAUGAGAGCCCAGAGGUAACAGAACAGCUUCAGGUUAUCGAAAUAACAAUGUUAAGGAAACACUUAUCUCAGUCAUGCAUAAAUAUGCAGUGAUAUGGCAGAAGACACCAGAGCAGAUGCAGAGAGCCAUUUUGUGAAUGGAUUUGGAUUAUUUAAUAACAUUACCUUACUGUGGAGGAAGGAUUGUAAAAAUGCCUUUGAGACAGUUUCUUAGCUUUUUAAUUGUUGUUUCUUUCUAGUGGUCUUUGUAAGUGUAGAAGCAUUCCUUUGAUAAUGUUAAAUUUGUAAGUUUCAGGUGACAUGUGAAACCUUUUUUAAGAUUUUUCUCAAAGUUUUGAAAAGCUAUUAGCCAGGAUCAUGGUGUAAUAAGACAUAACGUUUUCCUUUUAAAAAUUUAAGUGCGUGUGUAGAGUUAAGAAGCUGUUGUACAUUUAUGAUUUAAUAAAAUAAUUCUAAAGGAAAUAUUGUGUAAUUUUAGAUUUUUUUUUUAAUAUUGUAAAAUAAGGCAAGGAGUGGGUAGUAUAAGGUCCCACAAAUAAAUAUAAAGCUAUUGUUGUACAUGUAAAAUUAAAUGCUGGUCAGAAAAAAGUAUGUUGUUUGUAAAUGAUCAGGUUUAAAAUAUCUAGAUAACUUAAGGGAUAUCUCUGCAAGGAGAAACACCUUUUUAGAUCUUUUAGAUGCUGCUUCUUCAAUGGCAAGGAAAGGAAAUAUCCCCAGCGAGGUACUCUUCCAGGGACACAGGUCUAGUACAAGAGAACUCUUGAAAACGUCACUAAGUUCAGCCAGUCUUAAAAAGCUGCGCUGUAUUUCUGCAAAGCUUUAACUGCAGUAGUUUAUAAGGAUGCCAACGAAGGCUGAGGGUGUAGAGCAAAAUAGUUCUAAGCUUCAGUUAAACUUCUUUAGGUAAGAUCUUAUUUACUUUUCCUUUCUUAAUGUUCCAAAACCAAGAAACUAAUAUUGUAUGACAGUAUUCUUUCAGUAUAGUGAUUAUCUUUAUGUAGUUUAACAUAGCAAUGAAUUGAGUUAACAAUUACCAAUUGAAAAGAAAUUUGUGAAUCCUGUUUUCUUGUAUUAUUAAAUUUUUUACAAACAAAUUUAUGUUAAUUUCAGCUACUUAACAUAUUUUUUUCCUACUGGAAUCUAGCUAUGAUAUGAACCCUGGACAAGCAUAGACUGCUGCCACUGUACACUGCUACAGUUGAACAAAUGAGACCUGCAAGUGUCCAUUAGUAAAGCUUUGCAAGGGUUCCAUCCCUGGUGUUGGUAGUUAAAAUGGAAGGUGCCAUGCUGCAGGUAACUAAUGAAGAAGUGGUCAACCACAGAAACGCUUCAAGAAAUAAGAAAUUCUGUAUCAUCAGAAAAUAGUUGUUUUUGCUGCCUUCAUUAAAAAUCUAGAGGUUAAAUGAAUACUGAUAAAACAUCACAAUUAGUACAGCUCCCUGUAAUGCUGGGUUUUUUAAAUUAUAGUGAUAAUGUCUUGUAAACCUUUCGAAUAAAAUUCAGAUUCGUUAGGAGAAACAAAUCACUAAUGUUAAAACAGCAAACAUUCUGUGAGUAGAAAGUUUAACUACAUAUUUUUAUAACUUUCAUAGCUUUAAAAUAAAGUAUUUUUUAUACCAAAGUAGUUCUAGUGUAAUGCUUAAUAAAACUUAGUGUGUGUCUAACAUUAAAUAAUGUUUAUGUGCAGCUAUUAGACCCUUUCAUGAUUUGAACCUUUCCAUUUUGAGGUGGAUUUAAAACAAAGUCAACUUGGCAAGUGUAUUCACAGAACUCGUAUCUCUGACGAUAGGCAUCUGUUCUCUGUUGGGAGAAACAGUGCUACAAAUUAAAUGCUGAUCUUUUUGCUGUUGGACACAAUUGCUUUAAAAUAGCUUCUUGGCUGUGUUUUAUAUCACUUUAUAAAAAUACCUCCUCCUUUCCUGUUAAUGAAACUAACCACUUAAGACAGUUUGUCAAAAUGUGAUAGAACAAUAGCUUUAUCCUUUUCACCCGUAAAGAGCAGAGAGAAAGCCUGAAUGGAAUGUAGAGUUCCUGCUGUACCAGACCUGUAUUACUGAUAGCUGCAUCUUGUGGGGAAAAAAACAACAAAAAAACCCCAAAACCAGGAAAAAACCCAAACAAAACCACACCAAACCAAGUGUGAGCUUGGGAAAGCUUCAGUUGGGAAUGUAUUUGAGGGAAGGUAUCUUCAGUCUGUACUGUUUUAACCUGUUACCUACAUACACAGUUUAUUCUAAACUUGAAAUCUAUAUGCUUAGCUUUGGCAGAAUCAUAAUGUCUUUAACCUUCUUAAUAUAAUUCAAAAAUAUUAUUUAAGGAUUCACAUACAAUUUUUUUUUUUUCUGUUUCUUGAGUUGAACUUCAGAAUAUUUGCAUAGGUAACCACUGGGCUGCAGCGGAAGCAGAAAAUGAAGACGCACAAAAUCUGCUUUACUUUCUUCUUUCCAACAGAAUGAGUUGACCAGGAUGAUAAGGAAUUUGCCUUCCUUCCUGUACCUUAGAUUUAGCUGAUGAAGUUUUUCUUUACAGUUGCCAAGUCCACAUUCAUAUGACAUAAACCUCCCCACCCAAACACUUCAACGGGGAAUAAUUCUUCUGCUUUUCUGUUUGAGAUACACUCUUUCAGUAGUUUUGCAACAAAGUUUAAAAUGUACUUGAAUUAAGUAUGUUAUAUUUUCCAUAAUGAGGUUGUUUUAAUUUUGAUCUGGCGAUGUGGGAAGGGAGUGUAUAGGGGACAGCAGUGUGCAAAAACUAAGUUACUGGAUGUUUAAAGUCUGGAAAGCUUGGAGUAUUUGAGUAAGUUUCCUGUUGUCUUACUGUUGAACUUUCAUGACUUUUCUUUUUGGUAUGUUCUUAAGAAUUAAAGCAAGUGACAAUCA